AUGAAUUUAUAUCUCUUCCGCAGCCUCUACCAGGUACGUUGCGGCCUGCGUGUCUCACCGCGACUUCCCGUGCAGGUGGAAACCAGUAUACCAGACACACCGCAAAACAAUUCACAUGCGGCAGAAGUGCACACACAAGCGCAGACAGCCACGAACGGUGGCAGCGGUGGUGGUGGCGACAGCAGCGGCGGUGACGGGGUGGGCGAGGGGGGCGAGGGCGAUAUACUGCAGGAGCAGCGCGACGCCCAGGAUACGAAUGGCGGCAGCCUAUUGUCAGGAUCUGCAUGCAUAAUUAACGGCUGCGGUGCAUCGCGCAUCUUUCAGAUUCUCUACAGGAAUGAGGAAGUGGCGUUGCGCGAUGUCAUACACUUUCGUACACACUUGUUGG